GGGCACUCAUGGCGUUGUACUUAUUUUCCACCACUUUUUGAGUUUUGAAAGUGGUGUGUAUUUGAGAAUUUUUAGGUUGACACACAGUUGACGUAGAAAAAAUUUAGGUUAUGCUUACAUAACCACAACAAACAAAAAGUGUGUCACGAACGUCAAGUUUCCGAAAUGUUCGUAUUUUGAAAAAAUGCGAGCUGUGUGAGAUCAUUUUACGAUAUAUGGACUAUAAAUGCCAAUUAGUAGCUGUGCUGCUACUAUUGAGAGAAAAAAAUCCAGCAAGCCAAUAAUUCCCCCAAAAAAUCUAGAACAAAAUGAAUUACAACCCGUAGAAAAAUCGCUACUUAAAAUAGCUCCAGCUUUACCUGUACAAGAUAAACGCGGACUUUGUGUAAGGUCACACAGUACAUUAAAUGCUUCCACCUUGUCAAAAAUCCAGGAUGGCUCCUUGCAUUGCGAGCCAUCUGUUUUACGUACACACCCAGAUGGGUCUCUACAUGUAUCACGUCUACAAGAGGAGAAGGAAACCCACCCAGACAGAAUGAGCUUAGAUAGAAAAGGACUGACGAUGGUACCCAUAAUAGAUGGAGAACCGAGACUUCGAUUAUUGUCAUUGCAACAUAAUUUGAUAAAUAGUUUGGAGAUGCUCAGCAAGCAGUCAUUUCCAGCACUAGUUUUCUUAGACAUAUAUGACAACCAAUUAGAGCAAAUGCAAAGUUUAGAUAAGUUAGAGAAUUUGAGGGUUUUGUUGAUGGGGAAAAAUAGGAUUAAAAAGAUUGAAGGAUUAGAUCAUAUGAAAAAAAUCGAGGUUCUAGAUUUACAUGGUAACCAAAUCAGUCAAGUAGGUGGGCUUUCAGCUUUGAUGGAACUGAAAGUACUGAAUCUGGCAGGGAAUCAAAUAAGAAUUAUAAGUUCUAGAGAUUUACACGGUUUGCACUCCUUAUUAGAAUUGAACCUGAGAAGAAAUAGGUUGAGGAAGUUGCUAGGUUUUGAUCAAGUUCCCAAUUUGUCAAAGUUGUUUUUGAGCAAUAAUGAUCUACAAAGCCUAGAAGACAUAAGUAGCCUAGCUAGAUCACCCAACAUUCGGGAGAUUUCAAUAGACAACAAUCCUGUAGCUCUGGGAGGUGAUUGUGUCUCUUUCCUGGUAUCCUACUUGUCCCAUUUGGUCAAACUCAACUCCAUGCAGAUUACAGAACAAGUCCGCAAAGCAGCAAUGGCUUGGCGAAGGAACAAAGAAGCUACAAAUGCUGCUUUCAUGGAUCUCACCACAGAUGUAUCAUCUACCUUCAGAAGGGAGGAAGUAAUAUCCAAUGCUAGAACAAAUUGGGAACUGCUGAGAUCGCAAACGAAAUGCUUGACCAGCAAUCCUGUGGAGAAAAGCAAAAAUCUCAAACCAGACACAGAUAUUGUCCUGACUUCUUUGGCAAAACCAGCUGUAAAGCACUCUGUCAAGAUGACCAAGUCCAAGAGCUACAUCAAUAUGAAAACUAAGGUUCCUAUGCUACCUGAUAAGAAGUUGCAUUUGGUAAGAACAACAUCUCAAGAAACAGAGAAUUCACAGAAUACAUCCUCAUCUGGGAGCGAUCUUUUCAAACUUCCGCCGAUUUUGGUGCCGAUUUUGAAUAAAAUGGAGCAGAAAAUUGAGGAUCAAAGCAGUGUCAGAAUGUCAGGGAGUUUGUCUAGUAUCGGGCCAAAUGCAGAUAGUUCUGUCAGUUCCCUAGCAAGUGCAAGUGGUAGUGGUGGUGAAGAAUCUGAUAAUUCUAGCUCAAAGGAGUCUGAUAAUGAGUUAGAAGAGGAGGUAGACAAAGAGCCUUCAGUGGUUGAAAGUAACCUGCAACAGGAAACCCUAACUUCUCUACUGUCAUCUGAACAUUCAGUUAAAAAUAAAACAGACUCCUCUAGCGUUCUGUCAGUAGCAACUACGACAUCCUCAAAUCUGUCAGGUCCGAGUCAUUCUAGCAAUAAUAGUAGCAUAAGUAACAGAUCGCUAACAAGGACUGUUAAGAGUGCAGUCUAUGGCAAAUCUCUCAGUCAGAAAUGUCAUGCUAGGGCAGCUACCGCAAAAGUUAAAAAACAGACACCACUGGUGGCUAAAGAUAGGGAACAAGGUGGGGAUUACUUGAUAGAGAUUUGCGGUAGGCACCUCAACAUAUAUGGUCAAGGUGCAGUUAGAUUCAUCGAUAAGCCAUGGGAUGCGAGUAGGGCAAAUGACGUCAUAAUCGCCAAAUUCAACUAUGUCAAUUUCAACAGUAUUACUAGCACAUUCUGUAAACUAAGACACAGAUUUCCAAAUAUCGAUACGUUAGUUUUUAAAGAGACAAACAUCCACUGCCUGGGGCAAUUCAAUGCUUUAGCUGAAGUACAAGGGUUCAGUUCUCUAUCUAUUGAAGCUGAGGGUAACCCUAUAUGUCAAAAAGAAUGGCGAAUGUACGCUAUUUACAGGCUGGCUCAUUGGGGGUUGAAGGUUAUUAAUGAUAAAGAGAUAACAGAGGAAGAAAUAAAAACAGCAAAUGAAGAUUAUCAAAGUCUGAGUGAUUUGGUUUUGUGGUCCUUGCCUGACGUACUUCUCCAACCUUUGCUAGUCAGAUUGCGACUUGACGUAAAUAAUGGUAUUACAGAACAAAACGCGAAGAAAUGGUUGUUGUCUGCAGAUCCAGAAUUGAGAAGCGUAGUUAGCAAAGAGGCAUUGCAAUGGAAGAAAUGUUCUAGUGUUCAGGAGGAAAGUUUGAUGAAGCAAAAGGCUAAGCAACAUAUUUCGACAUUGUUGGAAGAAAUGGUGAAUGCUGUAAAUAAGUUACGAUUGUUUGAAGAGGAAUGGCCAACAAUAUUGCACAACUUUGUACAGAAUGCUCUAUUAGAUUAUUCACAGUUGGAUCUGUACCUAAAGCAGAAAAUGCAAGAGUUAAAUAAGUAAAUUCACUGCCAUCGUAUUUUAUCACACAAUGUAUGCACUUGUUUUGUUGUUGUUUUAUAUGUUUUUUGGUUAUGAAAAUAUAACAUAGUUUUUCAAAA